CAGACACUGCGACAGCUCUGCACUGAAGGAUUCAUUGUUUGUCACGGAGGAUUCACUCUACACUACAGGAUGGACUUCCAAAUGUUUACCCUGGUGAUGCUGAUCCUGGCCUGUGUGGAGCAGGGCCUGGCCUCCUGCGUGGUUGACAGCUUCAUGGUCAAAGAGGACUUCGACCCCAAAAGAUAUGAAGGAAAGUGGUACGCUCUGCAGAAGAAGGAUCCUGAGGGUUUGUUCCUGCAGGACAACAUCUCAGCUGAAUACACUAUUGGAGACGAUGGUGCCAUGGUUGCCUCCUCCAGGGGCAGAGUCACUCUCUUUGGGUUCUGGGUUGUGUGUGCUGACAUGGCAGCUCAGUACUCAGUCCCUGACCCCGGCAGCCCCGGAAAGAUGUUCAUGAACUACCAGGGACUGGCCAGCUAUCUGUCCAGCGGCGGUGACAACUACUGGGUGAUCGACACAGACUAUGACAACUACGCAAUCACCUACGCCUGCCGCAAGCUGAAGGAUGAUGGAAGCUGCGAGGAUGGAUAUUCCCUGGUCUUUGCCCGCAGCCCCCGUGGCCUCCCCCCUACCAUCCAGAGAGUCGUCCGCCAAAAACAGGAGGAGAUCUGCAUGGCUGGAGAGUUCCAGCCCGUGCUGCAGUCAGGAGCAUGCUAAACUGUACCUGAGCUGGAGAUAGUUGAGCAGCCCUUCAUCAUACAGGAUUCAUCCUUCUGCCCACGCCGAAGAUAGAGCACUUUUUAAAAAUCGCAAAUGGUAGAACAAUCCUGAGAAGUUUUGUCCAAAAUAAUAGGAGAGGAUAAUCGGAUGAAUCCAAUUCAAGACCCAAAAAGAAAAUUAACUGAACACUGCCUAAAUGAAAUUAUGCGCCCAAGCCAAAUCAAAUCAAAAUCACUACGGGUUGAGUGAAUGUGAUGAUAUCAUCAACCGUACGAUAC